UAAAUAUUAAACUUUUAUAAAUGAAUAAAUCUAGACCCUAAACUUUCCUAAGUAAACUAAUAUUGGAAAAAAAAAAAAAAAAAAAGAGAGAGAGAAAAGAUAGAGAAUUAAAGGGUCACAAAAUAUAUGGGACCAACUUGUUUAUUUUGUUCACUUCCUUUUCAUAAGCAACCCUUCAAUCAAGCAUUAGAAAUGGGACCAAACCUAGUUGUCAAAGAACACACCUAAUUGGCUUUUUUGUACAUAUGGCUAUAAUUACCUCUCAUUAACCUAAUUUCCUUUUUCUCUUGAGAAAAAAAACCCCUCCCAAAAAAAAAUAAAAAUCCCAUAUCUUCUUCCCACUUGCCAAUGGCAAAUCUUGUGCCAUUUUGGCUUCUUGUUUCACCCAUUAUUUUGGCACCAUUUGUUGGUGCAAAUUGGAACAUUUUGAGGCAAAAAAAGAGCAAUCAUUUGGAGAUAAUGGGUGAUGAUGCCUUGAAAAUUUAUUGUGAGAGUUGGAGGGUCAAUGUUGAGGUAAACAAUGUUAAAGGUUUUGAAGUUGUGCCUCAAGAAUGCAUAAACCAUAUCAAAAAGUACAUGACUUCUUCCCAAUAUAUUGCUGAUUCUAAUAUGGCAAUUGAAGAGGUUAAGCUUUACCUUAGUAGUUGUUGUAACCUUCAAGGUGAUGGCACUGAUGCUUGGAUCUUUGAUGUUGAUGAUACCCUUUUGUCCAACAUUCCUUUUUACAAGAAAUACGAUUUCGGGGGAGAAAAGUUAAAUGAAACAGCCAUAGAAGAGUGGAUGAAAAGCAGCAAAGCACCAGCUCUUGAGCAUUCAUUGAAACUCUUCAAUCUUAUUAAAGACAAAGGGAUUAAAAUCUUUUUGAUUUCUUCAAGAAGGGAAAAUCUUAGAUCUCCAACUGUUGAUAAUCUCAUUCAAGUUGGAUACCAUGGAUGGUCUUCUCUCACAUUGAGGGGACUUGAUGAUGAAGGCAAAGAAGUGGCAAAAUACAAGAUAGAAGCAAGGCAAAGGCUUGUUAAUGAAGGCUACCAUAUUUGGGGCAUUGUUGGUGACCAAUGGAGCAGCUUUGAAGGCCUUCCCACUCCUAAUAGAAGAUUCAAACUCCCAAAUUCCAUGUACUAUGUGGCUUAA